AUGGUCACACAUCAACCUCAUGAUGUGACUGUGGAAGAAGCUGUAGUAGAUAUUCUGAAAGAGGCCGGAUUAUUAAGAUGGCAGCAACAAAUUGUUUUUGGCUUACAAAUACGCAGAGCUCAACAUUUCUCAUUUCAUAAUGACAAAGUGUUUAAGGACAUGGGUAUGCUACCUGAUGAAAUCAAAAGAUUACGCUCCUCGGUGCAGAGUAGGAGGAAUCUUCCUUCGUCGAAUACAGUUAUUGUAAAAACGGACAGAGAUUCUCUUACUAUGGCUGCUGAGAUGAAUAAAUCAGAAAUUACCAAAGAGCAGAUUCAUCUAAUGGAAACUAUUGGUGAAGGGACUUUUGCUGUAGUUAAAAAAGCAGUCUGGACUCCACCAAACGGCCAGAAGAUAAAUGUUGCUGUGAAGAUUCUAAGAGACGUAUCCCCAUUAGUGAUGGAAGAUUUAAAAGUAGAAGCUGGUCACCUACUGAAUUUACAACAUCAACACCUCAUCAGACUCUAUGGCGUUGUCUCUCAAUCGCCUAUAAUGGUCUUCGAGUUAUGUGAAGGUGGUUCUUUGCUGGAUAGAUUGAGAGAGUCCAAUAAACCUGUGCUCUUGUUAAAUACACUUCUAGACUAUUGUCUUCAAAUUGUGAAGGCUAUGGCUUAUUUAGAGUCAAAACACUGCGUUCAUCGUGAUUUGGCUGCUCGUAAUAUUCUUAUAACAAAAGAUGAAAAGAACGUAAAAAUCUGUGACUUCGGCUUGAUGCGCAAUCUGAAAGAGAAUGAGCAAAUGUAUAUAAUGGGCCCACAAAAAAGAGUUCCAUUCUCUUGGUGUCCCCCAGAGUCUUUAAAACAGAGAAAAUUUUCACAUGCAUCUGAUGUAUGGGCUUUCGGUGUGACUGUUUGGGAGUUGUUCAGUUAUGGAGAAGAACCUUGGAUAGGAUGCCGUGCACUAGACGUUCUAAAACUAUUAGAUAAAGGAGAGAGGCUGAAGAAGCCAGACUAUUGUUCUGAUCAAAUAUAUGAUAUCAUAUCCUUAUGUUGGAAUGUGCACCCUGAUCGACGUCCAAAAUUUACUCAGUUGAAAGGCUUCCUACAAGAAGCUCAAUUCAAUAUGGCCGAAGUGAGAGAGUUGCACAUGGAUUCGGGUGAGAACGCAAUGUCUAUACAAAUUGGGGACAAAAUUAUAGUUACCCAAAACACCGGCGUUAUUUGGAAAGGGCAGAAUUUGAAAACUCGCAAGUUUGGCACAUUCUUGAGAUCAUGUGUUUUUGUCCAUGGAAAAGGGCUUGGUUCUGUUUCUCAGAGCGCUGCUUCACCUAAUGUUCCUCCUACUCCAAAGCCUCCACCGACAAUACAACACCCAACUCGUCCGUUACCACCUGUACCUUCACAUGAGGAUCCUGGCGGAAUAAGUAGAUUUUCUCUCCCGAUUCGAGGCUCUUUCAUUCAUGCCGGACAUGGGGAUAUUGGAGGAACGUCAUGGGGCAAUCCGGAGAAGAUUGAUGAUAUAUAUUUGAAGAAUCCUAUCUUAGGGCAACCGAUGGAACUUGGCAUACCCAAAGUAUUCGGGAAUCAUUCCUCUCAACCUACCAGAAUAGCACCUCCUCCACCUCCUGCUGGAGGUUCAGGCAAACCCAACUCGUUGACUGUGAGAACUACUACUGAUCCCCUUCAUCCUGAUUGGGGAGACUUUGAUGCUGCACAAUCUCCAUCGUUUUCUCCUAGUAGGAUUGAAAUAGCCCCUGUUAACCCGCCACCACUUCCAAAGAAUGUUCCCAAAGCUGUCGUACCAGUAUCGAACGGUUAUCCAACUUCAACAGGUCGGAAGACAGAUGCCCAUCAUAGCGCUAGAGAAGUUUGGUCCUCGUCCGCUUUUACUAAUGGUAUGGCCUCUUCAAGUCUUAUAAUCCCAACUCAGAGUGGAACAGCGAGUAUAAAUAUGCCGUCUAAGAGCAUUUCAAGUCAUCAACCUCCAUUAGUAUCAGAGCAGACUGCAGCUAACAUUUCCUCAGGAUCGAUCCAAUUUACUUCGAAAUCAUCGAGCAGUUCAUUCGGCAAUGUGACAACAAGGAUCCCACCGACUCUUCAUUCUAUUCCUAGACCAGGUGGAGAAGUUAGAAGAAAUGAGAAUAGAACCCCACCAACCAUCAAUCCCAAUAGCUUCAUAGCUUCGAGUUCAUCGGCGUCCACUUCUAGUAGUUCUGAUUCACAUAGCAUUACAAGACGGACCACCAUAUCAGGUCAAGGAGUGAACAAAAACGUUUUGGAAGAAUUGAACAGGAAAUUUAAACCUUCCGAAGGAACUCAGCCAUAUGUUUCCAAUCAUAAUGUCCAACAAAACUUUGUCUCUUUCACGCCGUCAGGAAUAACGGUGUCCCCGUCUAAAGACCCGUUCAACGUCCCUGACAAAAGCUACCCAACUUCACAAAAACAAUCGAAAAAUGAUAUUAUCCAAGAACAGAGACUUCUGAAACAAUUACAGCUUCUAAACCAACAUCAACCGCAUAUGGUUCCACAAGUGACACCUUUAUCUGCUUCGCUUCAAACCCCACGUCCACAUUCAACGACCGGCGUGCCUCAGUCAUCCAUUUCUAGUUCAGUAGGAAACCCACAAAGCUUUGGAAUUCCACUAACAUCUCAAAUUCCUUGUCUUACCCCAACCCCUUUACCGCCUCAAAUGCCAAUUCUGACUCAGAACACUCCAAGUUUCACUCCUCAACUACAAUCGAAUCCCACACUUUCCAGUACCACUCCUCGAUCUCAAACAAUAAAUCGAGGCACACCGAAUGCUCCAGUUAGCUCUGGUUUUCCUAAUGCAUCUUUCGUUACUCCGACCGCUUCCAUGACUCUUCCUCCCGGGUAUAACCAUAGAUCACAAGCAGAAAAUGCCUCUUUGGAUAAUUCAUCAUUAAAAAAUAUGAACACAUCUACGGUGGUUCGGCCUCCAUCAGAAGCCGCUCCACAAGGCAAUCCCAAGCCUAAACAGCAAUCUGUUUCUAUGGGUACUUCUGGCACCAAUUCCGUGAAACCCAACUCAACUCAUCCAUCCGCAACGGCUAAUACAAUGAAGAAUCAAAACAAUUCUUCAACUUCUGUUGGCAAUGUCACAAUGCGUACCGGAACUAAUAAUCAUAGAGAAAGUGCUGAGGAUAGGAAAUCCAGGAUCGAGGAAGAAGUUCUGAAUAGGCUGGGAGCUCCUAGCCCACUCUUACUUGGAGAUAAGAACAAAACUUCUUCUGUUGUCAGUGCUUCCAGUGAACCAAGUUUACAUAAAGCUGCUUCAACGCCUGCCUUGCCGAGACAACCCACUCCAAACUCUGGAGUUGGUUAUUCGGCAACAACGGCUACGAUGAGUCGAAUGACUAAACCUGUGGAUCCUUUACCGAUUUCCCUAAACAGUGUCUUGGAGCCGACUCGUUUACCUGUAAAUUAUAAUGUUCCGGCAACACCUUUAGUAGAUAGAACUGUAGAGAUUUCUAACAUAAUGAACGCUUAUAACUAUUCACCUUAUCUUCCCCUUGCCCAACCUCAUCCCACUCAGGUACCUCUGUUUGCUUUAAACAACAGCCAAUACAAUAUUCAUUCUCAAAAUAAUGUUCGGACACCCAAUGCAUACCCGUUAGCAAUCACUAAUACUCCCUAUAUUCCAACUAAUAAUACUCCGAGCACUCCUUCAAUCUUCAGAGUUGGAAGUGCGGAAGAUGUUUUAGAUGCUCUUGAUCCUUUCCGAAAUAGCCAACCAUCGAUAGCACCUUCUUCGGGUUCCGAGACCACAAGGUCAAAUGGAAUAGGAAGAGCACAUGAAAUGGAAGUACUUUACAGAGAAGCUCCGUUUGCUCCUCAUUCGAAAUGUGAUGAAAUGGUGAAUGUUUGCAAAGGUGAUAUUGAGGCAGCACUGAAAGAGUUAAAAAUGGAACACUUGAUGGAAUGUUUUGUGAUAUCAGAUAAAGGAAAAGCUUUCGAUGUGUUAGAUAGAACGGGAUGGGAUCUUAACCGAGCAGCAGAAAUGCUAUUCGCAUGA